UAUAAAUCUCAGACGGAGGAGCCAUUCUGCUUUACAACUCCAGCAGGAUCUCGACGGCUGGUUCUUCAUCAGGAUUUACAGUCGCGGAUUACGGGAUUAAAUCUUCACACUUACUGCCAACACUGUGUGUUUCUCAGAGCUUUCGAUGCAGAUGUGGAUCGUUCCUCUGUUAGCGGCGUUAGCCGCGGUGUGCGGAGGGCAGCAGGACUGCAGCCGGGGGGCGUGUUAUCCGCCACUGGGGGAUCUGUUGAUUGGACGAGAGAGACAGCUGAGCGCCUCAUCCACCUGCGGCCUCACCGGCAUCGAGGUGUACUGCACACCUUUCGGACAGUUUAAGAUGAAGUGCUGUCCAUGCGACUCUCGGAACCCUGCAGGUCUUAAUGCCCACACUAUCCAGAACAUUCUGCCCAAUGCCACACCUGACAGGUGGUGGCAGUCCAAGAAAGAUGUCAGUCCGGUCACUCUGCAGCUGGACCUACAGCAGAUGUUCCAUGUGGACAAUGUGAUGCUUUCGUUUAAGGGUCCCCGGCCAGAUGCACUGGUGAUUGAGCGGACAAAGGAUUAUGGGAGAACCUGGCAACCUGCACUGUACAUGGCAACUGACUGCCCCUCCUCCUUCCCCCAAGUUACCACAGCAGCGCCUCGCAACCUCGACAACACGUACUGCUACACGCUGCCCACCACCUCCCCAAACCCGUACCAGGACCAACGGAUUUAUUUCCACCCUCUUCACCAGUACAGCAACAUUAACUACCCAACAGAGCAUAAAAUAGAAGAGGUCAGUGGUUUUACGGGUCUGCGUGUGAAACUGACCCAGUUGGGCGAUGUUCCUCGGCUGCCCGGCCGCAGCCCCAGCCGAUUCUACGCUCUGAAGGAGCUGAAGGUCACAGGGUCGUGCUUCUGCCAUGGGCAUGCUAACCGCUGCAUACUGGGCCUCGAAUCCAACUACCUACCUACUGCACAGGUGAACGGAGUGUGUGAGUGCCAACACAACACAGCCGGGCUCAACUGUGAGCACUGCGCUGAGUUUUACAACGACCUGCCCUGGAGACCAGCAGAGCGGGACAACCCACACACCUGCAAACGCUGCGAGUGUAAUAACCAUGCUGAGCGGUGUCACUUCGACCGUGAGCUGUACGAACAGAGCGGCCGGCGCAGUGGGGGGGUAUGCGACGGGUGUCUACACAACACCGCCGGGCUGCACUGUGAACACUGCGCCACCAACUACUACAGAAACCCCAACAGCAACAUGCAGCGCCCCGACGCCUGCCUGCCGUGUCAGUGUGACAGUGCGGGCUCUGGGAGUGGUCGUCAGUGUGACCCUGUUACCGGACUGUGUGUGUGUAAGGCUAAUGUGGAGGGCUCCCGCUGUGACCGCUGUAAAGUUGGAUAUUACGGCCUGAGCUCCGCCGACCCACUCGGCUGCUCGCAGUGCUCCUGCAGUGCGACCGGCUCUCUGAGCAGUGUGUGUGACGCUGUGACGGGUCAGUGCGCCUGUCGUCCGAACGCUCAGGGUGUGUCGUGUGAUCGCUGUGCUCCAGGGUUCUGGGCGUCGCCCUCAGGCUGCCAGCCCUGCGACUGCGACCCAAGCAACUCCCUCAGCUCCACCUGUGACCAGCAAACAGGUCAGUGUCCAUGUCGGUCAGGGUUUACGGGGAGAACCUGCGGCGGCUGCCCGGACAGCUUCUAUGGGAACGCGCUAACGGGCUGCAGACCGUGUCAGUGUGACAGUGUGGGGACCGUCCUCGGGGGGUGUGAUAAGCGUACAGGAGCAUGCCGCUGUAAGCCGGGCGCUGUGGGUUCCCGCUGUGAUGCAUGUGCCCGUGGACACUGUGCCGAUUUCCCUCAGUGCUCGUUGUGCCCGUCCUGCUUUUUCUCACUGGACAUUCAACUGCAGAACCUGACGUAUGUAAUGGACCACCUGGCCGGUCGCAUAGGCCCUGAAACCGGCCCGGUUACCCCCAACAACCUGCCCGGCCGGAUCAGGCUCCUUGAGAACACACUGCAGGAAAUCAGGAGCCUCCUCCAGCUCCCCCUGCGCUCCAACUCACAGCUCAACGAAGACCUGGACAAGCUCAGCGCACUCCGGUUGUUGCUCCUGACGUUGAACAGCCGUCUGCAGGCCGCCGAUCCCCAUCCUGACCUGCAGAGGGAGCUGGAUGAACUGCAGGCUCGUCUCUCCGACAUCCGCCUCAUCUACGACACCAAGAAGAACGCCGGCUCAUCCUCCACCGACAGCAACUACGCAGGUGCGCUGGCUGCCAUCAGAAACGCCUACAACCGGUCCGUUCAGGCGGAGAAGAGAGCAGACGCUACAGCAGAGACCAUACACGAGUCAGUGGGCAUCAGAUAUGACAUCACCAAGGGCCUGGACAACGUCCAGCCGGCAAACACCAAAAACCUGCAGACACUCGGAGAGGACCUGGCAACCCGGCCCAACCUCACUCCUACAGCUGUACAGGUGUGUGGCAGUAAUCGCACAGCCCCCUGCACACCUGCGGAGUGUAAAGGUGAGCUGUGUCCUGCAGGUGCAGUGCCCCCCUGUGGUCAGAGUGAGCUCUGCACCGGUGCUCUGCCUCAGGCUGUCAGAGCCACACAGGACGCCGACGAGGUGAAGACAAAACUACAGCAGCUCAACGACAACAUCACAAAGACCUACACAGAGAUCCAGCAGACUCAGGAUUCAGCCAGUCGUGUCAGACUGGCCACAGAUGAACUGGCCAAUCGGAUCAAAGUAACGCGUGGUGACCUGGACGACGAGCUGAAGGACCUGAAAAACUUCGUAAAGCAGCUGAAGGACUUUCUGUCAGACCCCUCCUCGGACCCCGCAGAGGUGCAGCGUGUUUGUGAGGCGGUGCUGGGUGUGAAGCUACCGGAGGGGGCGGAGUCUCUGAGGAGGAAGCUGCAGGAAUUGCAAGACCUGGCCUCCACUUUGCCAGACAGCAGUAAGGUGCUGAAGGAAGCGGAGCCAAAACUGGAGCAGGCACGGCGCCUCCUACAGGAUGCAGAGAAAACAAGGAAUGAGUCGAUGCUGCUGCAGGACGACACUGACAGGCUGCUGGACAAACUAAAUGAAAGUGAAGACAGCAUCACGAACAUGGAGGAGAACCUGAAGCAGAGCCAGGACAUUGUGAACAAAGUGCAGGAUGACGUGCAGAAGGUGGAUGAGGCGUUGGCUCCCAUAGAGCGGACUCUGGGGGAGGUGCCGGUGUUGCUGCAGUUGAUGCGCCCCCUGCUGGAGGGGCUGAAGGAGGAGGUGCAGAAGGCUGGAGAUCAGGCAGGAGAGGCUGAGAAACAGGCAGGAGGAGCUCAGCUGGAGGCUGACCUGGCAGCCGCGGAGCUGGAGGCUCUGCAGGAGCAGCUGGAGAAGCUGAAGCAGAAAGCGAACGCCAGCAGCGAGGCUAACGCUGCAGACGAGCGGCUGCAGGCGCUACAGCAGGACGCCACAGCACUCGUCCAGGAGACUCUGGACAUGAUGCAGAAACUCUCAGAUAAAGAGCGCUCUCUCCAGAACACGACAGAGGACCUUCUGGAAAAAUCGGAGCGUCUGGCCGGGCUGGACGUUAAACUGCAGGACCUGAUAAACGAGAUCAACAAAAAAGCUGAUAAGCUGAUGAUGUGCCAGGACUGAGUGCGACACCAGGGGGCGCUCACGCUCAUCAGACCCUGAACAUCCCAGCUUCUGUUACAGCAUUCUGUUUAACAAGCCCCCCUUAUUUCCCUUUUGGGGGAGAAACCCAUUUUACAAAUGAAAAGUCUUAAAAAGUAUUUUUAAAUAAAACGACAUGGUCUGAGAUUUUA